CAGCCAAUGGGAGAAGACUGAUCCCAUAGCAACUGUCAUCCUGUCCAAUCAGAGAGAGGAGGAGGCGGGGCGGGAGCUGUCAGGCUGUGAAGUCUUCUCCACGUCUGGCAGAACGUCUUGUGCUGGAGACGGGAGAGGUUUUCCUCUGGAUCCCAGGGAUGUGUCUCCCGAUCCGGUCUUCUGUGUGACCCCCAGAUCUGCCCGACCUCAUGAUGGGCUGAGGGGCCCCGCAACCUGUAGAGCCCCUGAGGAAGGAGAAUGACCCACAGAGCAAGCCCGGCCAAAGCCUAUGACUUCCUGCUGAAGUUUCUGCUUGUGGGGGACAGUGAUGUGGGGAAAGGGGAGAUACUGGCCAGUCUACAGGAUGGCGCCACUGAGUCACCAUAUGGCUACAAUAUGGGCAUUGACUACAAGACCACCACCAUAUUACUGGACGGACGCCGCAUAAAACUACAGCUCUGGGACACUUCAGGACAAGGAAGAUUUUGCACUAUAUUUCGUUCAUAUUCCAGAGGAGCUCAGGGCGUUAUCCUGGUCUAUGACAUCACAAACCGCUGGUCAUUUGACGGCAUCGACCGCUGGAUAAAGGAGAUCGAUGAGCAUGCCCCGGGGGUGCCCAAGAUCCUGGUGGGUAACCGGCUGCACUUGGCCUUCAAGCGUCAGGUGUCCACGGAGCAGGCGCAGAGCUACGCGGAGCGGCUGGGGAUGACGUUCUUCGAGGUCAGUCCGCUCUGCAACUUCAACAUCACCGAGUCCUUCACCGAGCUCGCCAGGAUCGUGCUGAUGCGGCACGGCAUGGACCGUCUCUGGAGGCCCAACAAGGUACUGAGUCUACAGGACCUCUGCUGCCGCGCCAUCGUGUCCUGCACCCCCGUUCACCUGGUGGACAAGCUCCCCCUCCCGGUUGCCUUACGAAGCCAUCUGAAGUCCUUCUCCAUGGCCAACGGACUGAACGCCAGGAUGAUGCACGGCCGCUCGUACUCGCUCACCGCCAACAACCUGAACAAGAGGCACAGCCUGAAGAAAGCCAAAAUCAUCCGGCCGCCCCAGAGCCCCCCCAAAAACUGCACCAGGAACAGCUGCAAGAUAUCCUAGAGCCAUGGAGAGAUCCGCGGGGGCGGGACAUCUCUACUACUCCUCCCCUGAGGAAGCUGAGAAGGAAAAGGCUGUUGGUUACGCCCCCUUCUCGUGUCGGGAAGUUUUCGGUCUCCCCCCAGAUGAUGCUGCUUUUUUUUAUUUUACUUUUGGGACUUGUUCCUCCAGACAUCACAUGACGUCCUGUGUCCUAUCCGCAUGGCCCCUUUUGUUUGUGCGCUGCCCCCUUGACUCCGCCCACUGAGCUUAUGCCGUUCCUGUGAAUUUGUGCUCCCUUAAUGGAAAGUAUUAGACCUGGUAGAGCGCCCCCAUAUUUUUUGAAACCCACUGUACCCUAAGGCAGUGGUCUCCAACCUGUGGACCUCCAGAUGUUGCAAAACUACAAAUCCCAGCAUGCCCGGACAGCCGAAGGCUGUCCGGGCAUGCUGGGAUUUGUAGUUUUGCAACAGCUGGAGGCGCCCUGGUUGGACAGCCAAGCAGCUCUAACUCAAACUGUAGACAUUAGUGUAUUGCAGAGAGGUCCUUGUCCAGUUCUCUCCUCUCUGCCAUUGGCUGUCCAGACAUGCUGGUAGUUGUAGUUAUGCAACAGCUGGAGGCACCCUGGUUGGGAAACAAAGCAGCACUAACUCAGACUGUAGUGAUUAUAGUGUAUUGCAGAGAGGUCCUUGUCCAGCUCUCUCCUUUCUGCCACUGGCUGUCUGGACAUGCUGGGUGUUGUAGUUUUGCAACAGCUGUAGGAGCCCUGGUUGAGAAACACUUGUUGGGCAGUCAAGCAGCACUAACUCAGACUGUAGAGAUUAGUGUAUUGCAGAGAGGUCCUUGUCCAGCCUUCUCCUCUCUGCCAUUGGCUGUCCGGCCACGCUGGGAAUUGUAGUUUUGCAACAUCUGGAGGUCCGCAGGUUGAAGACCACUGCUCUAAGGUAUUCAUUAGACCCCGCCCACCAUGCCUUCUGUCCCCUCCCCCCACCGUUACAUCACAGCUGGACCCAGGAUGCACUCGCAACGCGUUAGGUUUGUUGGAGGAGAAGGAACUUUUUUUUAUGUUAUUUAAUACUUUUUUGGGAUUUCUCUGUGAUGAUGAAGAUAAAUAUAUAUAAAUUUGCUUCUAUUUCUGUAAAUCUGAAUAUUUUGUACCAGAUGUGAGGGGCGUCGCCCGCUUUAAAAAGAAAUCAAAAAAACUAAAAAAAUCUCCCAAAUGCCAAAGAAGUGUUUGGAUUGUGAAGACGUUUAUCUGUGACUUAAUGUGAAAUGUUUUAUAAAGAAGAAAGACGAUAUUUAAGAAUAAAUGUCUGCAAAGGUG